UUCAUCUACCAAAGUACCAAGUCUAAAAAGGAAACUAUGAAGAAGCCUAACAGCAAAGACUUUUCCAGUCUAACAAAAAAAAAAAGAAAAAAAAAAAAAGACUUUUCCAGUUUAUCCCCAAAAAGAAAACAAAGACUCUUCCAAACUGAUCCAUGUGUAAAUUACCUCGAAGUUGAAUAUGAAUUUUCUUUCACACAACUUCACGCGUCUAUUCUAAGAUUUACAUAUAUAUAUAAGAAUAUGAUCACCACAAUGCAUGCAAAAAAUCUGAGAGAGAUCGAGUCUCAAAUAAUGGCACAACCAUUGAGUAAUCCCAUUCCGAUUGUUGGAACCCAAUUUUGUGCUCCUUAUCCUGUUGAUCUGGGAAUCACCAGAAAGGUUUUGACCAUAACCGAUGGCAAUUUCAUUGUCACAGAUGUUAAUGGGAAUGUCAUGUUCGACGUAAAAGGUUCCUUUCUCAGCCUUCAUGACAGACGAGUUAUACUUGAUGUUACCGGAAAACCCAUCCUCACUUUACGCCAAAAGAUAUUGACAGCACAUCAGAGAUGGAGAGUGUAUAGAGGAGAUAGCUCAGACUCAAAAGAUCUUAUCUUCACUGCAAAAACAUCUUCUAUAAUCCAAAUAAAAACCAACUUAGACGUGUUCUUAACAAAUAACACCACAGAAGACCAUUGCGAUUUUAAGGUCAAAGGAAGCUGGUUGGAAAGAUCAUGUGUUGUUUAUGCAGGAGAUUCCUCCACUAUUGUUGCCCAGAUGCAUAAGAAACACAGUGUUCAAAGUGUGUUGCUUGGAAAGGACAAGUUCAUGGUGACAGUAUAUCCUAAUGUUGAUUAUGCCUUCAUCGUCGCGCUUAUGGUGAUCCUUGAUGAGGUCAACCGGGCUGAUUAGUGAGAGAUUUUUAUAUAUAAUUGCCUCAAUAAAAGAGAUUUUAUUCACCUUAAUUAUAUACUCGAUCUGUAGCUCCUGAAUUCUUCAUUUUUCGGAGGAUGUUCGGAUAUUUUAAUUUAAUUCAAUUUCUUUGGUGCAUCUUUUCCUAUGUGUAGUUUGGCUCCAUUCAUUUAGUAAUUAUUUCCUUGUACCAA